AUGUCAACACCAGCUCAUACCACCAUCGACAACUUGUCGAAUAGUGAUACAUCUUUGCGACAUUCUACUACAGAAUCAAAGUCAUUUGCUACACCAUCAUCAACGUCAUCAUCAUCAUCGUUGUCUUUAUCUUCAUCUCACAACUCUACGAUUUCAUUGAUUGGAAGUAGCAAUAGUUUGGAUAUUAGUUUACACGAUCCAGAUGGAGAGAUUGAUAGUAUUAGACAAGAUGGAAAGAAAGUACAUCCUACUACAUCUUCACAUAACCAACAACUAUCCUCUUCAUUACAAUCUGGUUCUUUACCAUUUAAUCGUUUACAUCAUCAUCACAACAACCGUCUUUUUAGUAGUGAUACUACCAACAAUCAUCACAAGGAUAUUAAAUAUUUAAAUACCUCAUCUUUAAAUGUUCAACAACUACAACUACAACAACAACAACAACAACUACAACAACAAAGAUUAAAUUAUCAAUUAUCACUUCAAGAAGAUAAUGAAGAUGCAAUAUCUAUUGCUUCACCUCAACAACAACAACAACAACAAGAAGAAGAAGAACAAAUUCUAUUUAAUUUUAAUGAUUUGGCAUAUGAAAUCAUUGUGUAUAUAUUUAAAUUUUUGUCACCAUUUGAUCUAAGACUAUUGUCGAGUGUAUGUGGUCUGUGGUCUGUAUUGUCAGCUGACGAUAGUCUCUGGGAGGAGAAAUGUUUAUCUCAAUGGGCUUGGAUGAAAGACAUUUGCCAUGAAAAGAAUGCAAAUAUAAAAUACAAAGGUUGUUCUUGGAAACAGUUUUAUCAUCGUUGGUGUACAGAUUAUCUCAAAGAAGCUAGUUGGUACAAUUAUAAUCUUACACGUGACGAAGCCAACGUUAAACUAAAAAAUAUGUCAAAAGGAACAUUUGUCAUUCGAAAUAGUUCAAAACCAAAUAACCUUGUCAUUUCUUAUAAUCUUCAUACAAAACCAAAUCAUUUACUCUUAUAUGAUAUGGGACCACAUGUAGGAGUAUUCCUAAGUGAUGAUGUUGGUAGAAUAUAUCCAACUGUAGCAGGUUUGAUAAAAGAAAAGAAAAAGUUUUUAAAGAGACCUAUAUCGACUUGUGCUCACUUUGAUUUGAAAUUAAAAAGGAAAAGAGAUUAUAUUGUUGGCAUUUUAAAUUGUUUUCAAAAUAAUGAUCAAUUAUCCUCUACAACAACCGCCUCCACUACCACUGUCAUAGAUGAACAUACACAACUACAACAGCAACAACAACAUCAACAAUUACUCACAUUAAUGCAAGAUAAAUGUAUUUUACAUUUGGCUUGUAAAUGGGGAUUUUUAGAUUUGGUACAAACCAUUGUUUCAAAGGGUGUCAAUGUAAACCUUGCAACACCAAAAGAUGGAAAAACACCUUUACAUUGUGCUUUAAAUUUUAUUCAUGGUGAACCAAAUACAAAUGAUAGAUUAAAUCUUUUACUUUAUUUAUUAUCAGAUGGAUGUGGAUCACAAGUCAAUUUAUUAGAUCAUAAAGGUAGAUCGGCAAUUCAUAUUGCUGUUAAACAACAUCAAAUAGAUUCAGCAAAGAUGGUAGAAAUAUUAUUAAAUAAUGGUGCCGAUGUUACAGUAGCUGACCAUCGAGGUCUUUAUCCAUUACAUAUUGCAACAAAAGAAAAUAAUCUUUCAAUUGUUAAAUUAUUAUUAAAGCACCCAAAAAUAAAUGUAAAUUGUGAGAUAGAACCCACUGUUUUAUCAAAAAUGGAGGAUAAUUAUGGAGAUAGUGCCUUGCAUAUUGCAUCACAAAGUAGUAUGCUUCCCAUUGUAAAAGAGUUAUCAGAGACAAGUGGUAUCAAUAUCAAUCAACUCGACAACAAAAAUCGAACAGCACUCCAUCGUAGUGUGUUGCGCAACCAAGAUUGGAUUGGCAUGUCUAGAUUUGGAAAGCCAUCACAAACAUUUUUUUCACAUCAAGUUGUCGAACAACUCUUUAAAAAGUCUAUAGACCCAACCAUGUUGGAUUGUCACAAUCGUUCUGCUCUUCACCUCUCUAUUGAAAAGGGACAUCUUCAAAGUACAAAGUUUUUAGCUCAAAAGGUUAAACAAUUACAACAACAACAACCACAAUCAUCUUCUUCAUCAUCGUCAUCUACUCUGGGUGAAGGAACAUUCCUAGACAAUAUCAAGAAUGAUAAUAUUCCAAUACCACCUCCAACACCUCCAGUAGUCCGUAUCCAUUUUAAUGACCAAAAUAGUAGCAGUAGUAGAUCACUAAAUAUGACAACAGAAAUAAUGAACAACGAUGAUGAUGAUGAUGAUGAUGAUGAAAGUAGCAACCUAGACAACAAUUUAGAAGAAGAAGAAGAUGUAUUUUCAAUUGAUAGUUUAAUUGAAUGUAUAGAGAUUGGUAGAAGAUCACAAGAUGUACAAAAAGCCUAUGAAGAUUUAUCGUAUGCCAUUCUUUGUGGUUUCAAAGAGAUUACAUUGGCUCAGUUAGACCAUACCAUCUCCAACCACUACAAAAAUAUCUUAACAAAUAUUUUAACUAUAUUUUCUAGAUCAUCCGAUAAUAAUCAACCAUCAUCAAUAUUAUACUUUCGUCAAAUCGAAAAUGUCGAGUACAAGAAAGUAUUAUUAUUUGUACCUUUUACCAAUGGAAAAGUAAAACAACUCUAUAAACUCAUUGCAAAGAGAUUCAAAUUAAAUAGAAACAACUUUUUGAUAUGUACAGAGGAUUCUUUUGUUAUUCCACCAAAUGAAGAUAUUUCAAUCAUUAAAGAUGGUAGUCAUAUUUAUGUAUCAGACAAGGAUGAUUUAUUAAAAUCAAUGUUGGAUGAAGUACAAGAAACUGUUGAAACCACUGACAAUGACGAUAACAAACAAAUUAGCUUAACAAAGAGAAAGAGAUCAAAGAAACAACACCAAAAAAAGGAGAAGAAAUCGUCGUCGUCUGCCAACACUCGUAAAGCCUUAAAGAACAAGAAAAAGAAACAAGAUUCUUCAUCAGACGAUGAAAAGUCAUAUGCAUCAGAUACCACAUCAGAUUCUGAUUCUGAAUCUGAAUCUAAAGUUUCUUCGUCAGACUCUUCAGACUCGUCGUCGUCAUCAUCAUCAUCGGAUUCAACUGAUAACGAAAUGAAAGAUGUAUCAAGAUCUGAUUCAUCAUCUGGAGAAGAAAAGCCAAAAAAGAAGAAAAAGUUGAUAGAACAACCACCACAACCAUUACCACAAAUGGAAAAGGAGAAACCUGAAGAAAUUGUUGCCAGAUUAACAGUUGCAACAGCCAACAAACCAACGCCAACAACAACAUCAUCAAUUACCAAUAGUUAUGGUUUGAGAGGAAAUCAAAUGCUCAAAAAGCAAGCAGAAAAGGAUGUUUACACAAACAAUAGUUACUUUAUGAAGUAUCAAGAUUAUUAUGAAAAGGACCAAACAAAAGAAACCGUUACCAAAGACUAUUCAAAGUACCCAAAACUCGAAUUUCUUCCGUCGGUUGGUGAUACAAUAGCAUUCAAGAAACACGUCUUUGUCGACUUUAAUCUCAAAAAGUCUGGAUACUUGGAGGGAAUUGUCGAAAACGUUUUGAAUGAAAAGGCACUCUCUAUCAAGUUGAUCAAUUACAUUGAUGAAGCAGAAUCACUUUCCCACGAAAUUUUUACAGAUGAUGGUUUGUUAGAGUUGGAGACUCAUCAUUUAAUCGAACCUGUCAUUAUCAAACAAGUUGAUCCAUCGAAAACCAAAGAUACUGAAAAGAAACCAUUAUUGUUGGCAGCAGUAUCAUCAACCCAUACUACUCCAAGUACACCACAACAACAAAAGAAUGAUAGAUUUAAAGAUUUUCAAUUCAUUUCACCAGACUUGCCACUUAGACAACAACUCGUCGAUCAAGAUUCAUCAGUUUCUUCUCAAAAUUCAUCAACUUUACCAGCAGGAGAAAAGAGAAGAAGAAAGAGAGCUGGUGUAGGAGGAGGAGGAGGUGGUACCCUCAUUUCAAAAUUGGUCCAAACUUUGAGAAAAGAAAACAAGAAUGAAUCAAAUACUACUACCAACAAUGAAAAUACCAACAACAACAACAAUCAGGAAUAA